UCUUGCAGUGAGGAGACAAAUGAAGAAAGUGAAAUUGAGCAAGUACAAGUAAUUGAAGUUACUGUUACGAGGACGAAGGGUGACCCUGGAACAGAAGGACAAACUAGAAAGGAAGCAGAAAGACUCGAAGCGGUAAAAAUGGAAUGUCUCUCCUUGAAACAAAUGCUCUUCCUUUCCGUCGCCUUCUCCGCUAACACAGGAGGCACAGGAUCACCUCUUGGCUGUGGGCCUAAUAUAGUUCUAAUGGGACUGUUGGACAGUUUUGACAACUCAAUGGGACUUAAUUUUGCUACUUGGAUGAUGUUUAAUGUACCAGGAGUGAUAUUGUGCAUUUUAGUAGGCUGGCUCUGGCUGCAGAUGCUGUUCAUGUGCUGCGGAAAGAAUCGUGUCCAGAGAUCAACGCCGGAGAAGGAACGUGCCCUCCGACAGUUCAUUGAGGAGCAUUACCAUGCUCUGGGGACCAUGAGUAGGAAGGAAACUGUAGUGGUUACCUUAUUUUCCUUUCUCGUGAUGCUGUGGGUUUUCCGUGACCCUGGGUUCAUCCCCGGUUGGGCUACAUACUAUACAAAGCCAGAUGGAUCAUUGAUUGGCCAAGCUCCAGGCGCGAAGCAGGUAGAGAGAUGUAUGAGCUGGGAAGCAGUGCACAAAAAAGUUCCAUGGGGAAUAGUGCUUCUGCUGGGAGGUGGCUUGGCCUUAGCGGAAGGUGCGAAGCAUUCCGGACUGUCCAUCUACUUCAGCCAACAGCUUGCCAGGCUUAAAGAUCUCCCAAAAGAAGCGGUGGUGGUGGUGGUGUGUUUAUUGGCCGGUGGAAUGACGGAGUUUGCUUCGAAUACCGCUACGGCGUCCAUCCUGUUGCCUUUGUUAGCGAACCUGGCACUGACAAUUCAAGUAAACCCACUUUAUCUACUGAUACCUGCUACCGCAUGUUGCGCCUACGCUUUCAUGCUUCCGGUCGCCACUCCUGGGAAUGCCAUUGUUUUGUCCGCCUCUGGAAUGAGAACGAUUGUUAUGAUACGUGCUGGGAUUGUAAUGAAUAUUGCUUGCAUCACCGUUACUGUCUUUCUCAUCAACACGCUGGGAUAUGCAAUUUUUGACCUGAACACCAUUCCCACCUUCAAAAACUACACCAUCGUGUAGAUCAGGAUUGCGCCCUGGAGAAAACGUCGGUGUUUUAGGGGUCACUAUUAAAAGACAAAUAAAUUCAUGGUCAGUAACCUCUCAUAUAUGAAUAUCUCUUUUAUUUAUCAAUUUCCGCCUAUAUACAAGUAUGUGAGGUUCAAUGUACCUAGGAGAUACCAUUGUUUACCAUUCAUUUGUGAAAAUUGUAAAAGGUUGAAGAAUGUUUAAUUUCCUUUUAUUACCAUAACUUUGUAAAUCAGUUGAAAUGAUCAGGUCAGAUGAGUUAAUCUGGAGCGUUUAUCGUAAUUUGAGAGAGAGAGAUACUGAUACUGAUACAUUUAUUGGGCCUUUAUGGGUACAUUAAAAUCAGUAUGAUACAGAAAGUGAAGAAUUCCCUCGGUCUGUUGAGCAUAAGCUCUUUUACAGACCUAUUUGAAAUUUAUGUUAGGCCGACGCGGUUAGUUGUAAAGGCCUAAUUACUAUACAUAUAUUUACAAACAAGUAAAUUAAAGAUUUCCUAACUAAAUUCCACUUCUACAACCAAAUAUACAUCUACAUAACACAUAUGUAAUAAAUGCAGUAAUAAAUACAGUAGUGGAUGAUAAUGACAAAUAGAAUAAAUAGUAAUAGAAACAAUAGA